AUGUCCGAGGGCGAGUCAGCGCGCAAGCGCGAUGGCGAUGGGCAUAGGACUCAUCGCGAGCGCAUCGGCAACUACGUUGUCGGUGCCGAGAUUGGCCGAGGUAGCUUCGCAACCGUCUACAAGGGUCACCGCUCUAAGUCGCGCGUCCCAGUGGCAAUCAAGGCUGUCUCGCGCCAGAAGCUCACCUCCAAGCUACUCGAUAACCUCGAGAGCGAGAUCAACAUCCUCAAGGCUAUCAACCACCGCAACGUGGUCGCCCUUUCAGACUGCUUCAAAAACGACACCCACAUCUACCUUGUUAUGGAGUACUGCUCUGGAGCCGACCUGUCCAUCUAUCUCCGGAACCGUGGCCGGAUCGAGUCGCUCGACUUCAUCCCGCGGGUAUACGAGUCGGGCAUGGUCGCGUCCCGCACCGAGGGCAAGGUCUUUUGGCCACACCCUCCGACAGGCGGCCUCGAUGAGCGCGUCACCCGCUGCUUUCUGGGCCAGCUGGCCGAGGCGGUACGCUUCCUGCGAUCCCAGGACCUUAUCCAUCGAGACAUUAAGCCUCAGAACCUCCUCCUUCAACCGGCCACCCCUUCCGAGGUCGCCGAGGGCCACCCCCUUGGUAUUCCCAUCCUCAAGGUCGCAGACUUUGGCUUCGCGCGCAUCCUUCCUGCAGCCGCCAUGGCAGAGACGCUGUGCGGCUCUCCCCUCUACAUGGCGCCCGAGAUCUUGCGGUACGAAAAGUAUGACGCCAAGGCAGACCUCUGGUCUGUCGGUGCUGUACUGUUCGAGAUGGCAGUCGGACGCUCUCCGUUCAGGGCACCCAAUCACGUCGAGCUGCUACGACGUAUCGAGCGUGGUGAGGAUCGCAUCAAGUUCCCUGACGAGUCGUCCCGGGUCCCCACACCUGGCCCAGAUGGCGCUGUGCCUAUCCCCCCAAUUCCAGUAUCCAGCGACAUCAAGACGCUAAUCCGUGGUCUCCUCAAGCAGCGACCGGCAGAGCGCAUGAAUUUUGACGAAUUCUUUGCCGUCGGCGCUGGUGUUUGGGAUGGUUUCAUGACCGAGUCGGUCGGCGAUGUGUCUACCAGCAUGGACGUGUCCACCGACAGCUCUGCCAUGAUGGCGACUGCAUAUAGCGAGAAGGAAGCCUCACCGGUGGCGGUCGAAGCUGCGGUCCUUCCCCCUUCGCCACCACCUCCAGCUUUCAAGCGCGACCUGUCGGCAGACCUUUCAGAACCUAGCACUACAGCGCCAACCCCCACCCCUACUCCUCUGGCGGUCGUGCGUCGUUCUGAGCCAAAGUACUACGUUGGCGAUGAGCCCGCUGAACCUGACGCCACCGUGCUCCCAUCGCCCACUGCCCCCACUGGCAUUGCUGGCAGCACGCGUGCCGUCUCUCGUCCAAUCAACACCACACCCAUUGUGACGAGCAGGCGCACGUCUCGCGCUGGCGGCACCCUUGACGACGCCCCGGUGGUGACUCCCACCGGACCGAUUCACGGACCACGCCCCGUGAUUGGCAGUUCGCCGCUUGCGGCGACACCACCUAUUACCAUGACAGGCAAGGAUGAGAGCGCCCUGGGAGCCAGCGACUCUGUGGGACGCGAGUAUGUGGUGGUCGAGAAGCGAACGGUUGAGAUCAACGAGCUUGCCGAUGAACUUGAACACACCGCACGCCGGCCUUCCAUUGGUGGUGCUGUGGUUCCACAGCUCAUCAAGCGCAACAGCGUCGUCUCGCGCCCCGUGUCUGCGUUCAAGCCCGUUGGGGGGAGCCCGCCGACGCUGCAGGCCGUGGUUCCGACACCAUCUUCGUACUCGCCACCGUUUGCCUUUGGCUCCACACCGCCAUUUGCAGUUCCUGCCGUGCGUCAAGCCAUGGUCCGAACCAGGCAGCCUUCCCUCCCGCAGACACCGACCGUCUUCCCUCCCCCUGGCGCGUACGCAAUCUCCCCUGACCGUCACUCCUCCCCAUCCUCGCUGCCUUCCAACGCACUCACACGUGCGCUCACAAACACGGCUGUACGACUUCUCAACUCGGCUGCCAACACUUCGGCUACGGCCAUUGCUCGAGCCACAGGCUCGUCCAACAAGCGAUGGCCCCUUGUGGAGCGCUCUGGAGAAAUUGACCCCGAUGAGGGUGACAUUCUCGACUUACUGGAGGACACGGCACGCAAGGCGUUUGUGCUCUUUGACCUCGCCGACACGCGCCUCUUCCAGUGGUCCCAGACAGUCCGUCCCUCGGCUACUUCGGCGACCAUUACUCCUCACACGCUGGCGCCAUCACCUGGUGCCCCACCCUUCUCCAUCCCGCCGGUCGGCGGACGCCGCAAGUCGUCGUCUUCGUCGACCAACAGCGAGCUCAUUGCGCUCAGGCAGCAGGAAGAUGCGGCUGGAGAUGCUUGUGCACUCUACUUCAAGUCGCUUGCGUUUAUCUGCGCCGGCCACGAACGUUUCAAGCGUUACUGGGAAGCAAGGAAGAUGCGCAGCGUAGACUAUGAGAUUAGCGCCGAGCUUAACGAGAUGGUCCAAUGGUUCCGUGCACGCUUCAACGACGUUUACGAGAAGGCCGAAUGGGCCAAGGCUCGCUGUGCAGACGAACUGCCUUACGUCGACCGCCUCGUGCACGACCGUGCCAGGGACAUUUCUCGCCAAUCUGCCCAAGCCGAGCUCCGUGGCGACCUGGUUGUCGCCGAAGAGGGCUACGAGACUGCCAUGUGGCUCCUCAGCACGCUUCUCGACGAUGUCAUGUACGACGGCGCGCGUCUCUCCGACACCGACGCCCAGGGUUUCGAGCGCCUCAUUGGGUCCAUCCGCGACCGCCUGGACGGUGUCAGGCGCAAGCUUGACGCCGGCCGCAAGAAUUAG